GGACAAAAAAUGGAAUAGUCGUUUUCAUAGUCGUUCAAGUGUGCUCCACAACACAAAAAAUGAAUUAACUCAAUGCGCACUCUCUCUUGUGCUUCUAUUUUCCCCUUCUCCUUUCACUUUCACCUAACACUCUUCCAAUUCUUUAAUUUUCUUUGGUGAUUUGCCAUUGUAGAAUGAGUGCUCUGCUGCCUGGCCCCAAAAUCACAUCUCUUUCUCUCACUUAUUUGGCCUCAAACCAUUACAUAAAGUAUGACUUAAAUAAAUGAAUGAAAUAACUCAUUCUCUCUUCCUCAGGCCUCAGAACCACACCAACACGACACUUUUUAGUUUUUAUUAAUUCUCUACCCCCUCCCCUUUUUUCUAUUACUAUAAAUUAAUUGGUACAGUCAUAGAAUGGAAUAACAGAAAUCCCUCUUCUUUUUUUGUUGCUUCUUCUCUCCAAUUUUCCCACAAACUUUUUUUUAAACAAAAAAAGAAAAAGAGAGAACACAAGCCUCCUUUCUCUUUUUUUUUUUUUCGUCCUUUCUCUCUCUUUCUGCGGCUCUGCCUCAGCCGCUGCUAACGUUGUUUGCUGACAACACUACACAAAUUUCAGAAAGACUAAAAAAGAGAGCCACCACCUCCUACAAAAUUCUUGAUUUUCUCUCACUCUUGGCCAAGAGUUUUUUUCUCGUUUCUCAUUCCACCUUUAGUUAAAUGGGUAUUUGGAGCAACCUACUUGUGCUCCUUCUUAUUUUCCCUUUUUGUACACCAGAUCCAAACGAUGAGAUGUGCUUGACCCAUCUCAGUCAAUCUUUACAAGACCCUUUGAAGAAUCUUCAAAACUGGACUAAAUCUUCCUUCGCUAAACCUUGUGAUGGGUUCACUUCAUAUCUACAAGGGGCAACUUGUAACAAUGGCCGCAUCUACAAAUUGUCCCUUUCGAAUCUCUCGCUUAAAGGUACCAUUUCUCCUUAUCUCUCUAAUUGCACCAAUCUCCAAGCUCUUGACCUCUCCUCCAACGCAAUCUCCGGCCCAAUACCUCUGGAACUCCAGUUCCUAGUCAAUCUGGCUGUUCUCAACCUCUCAGCUAAUCAACUUUCAGGCCCAAUUCCUGAACAGCUCGCCAUUUGCGCUUACCUCAACGUCAUCGAUCUUCAUGAUAAUCAGCUUAAUGGGCUUAUCCCGCAGCAACUGGGCCUCCUUGUACGGCUAUCAGUUUUCGACGUAUCCAACAAUAGAUUAUCGGGUCCGAUACCAGCCUCACUGGGUAACCGGAGCGGAAAUUUGCCCCGAUUCAAUGCCAGUUCGUUUGAUGGGAAUAAGGAUCUUUACGGGUACCCAUUGCCACCCAAAAAGAGUAAUGGGUUAUCGGUUUUGGCAAUUGUAGGGAUCGGAUUAGGAAGUGGGUUCUUGAGUUUGGUGCUAAGUUUUACUGCUGUUUGCAUAUGGUUGAGAGUUACUGAGCAAAAAUUGGAUGCUGAAGAAGGAAAAAUCAGUCAUCUUAUGCCUGAUUAUUGAACACAAAAUCAUACUUUUCAGAUUACAGGUAUGUUAAUUUUUUAUGAGGUUGGUUUGUUUUGCCCCCUUUUUUUUUUUGUUUGGGUUUAAAUUUUCCUUUUCUAUUGAGGAAUUAAUUUUACCCUUUUCCUAGUUUUGGGUUUUUUAUUUUUUAGGUCAUUAUUUUUCUUUUUGAUUAUUUGUUUAGCUUCGUUUUCUAACAUUUGACCCCAAUAUGUAAAGAAUUGAAGAAAAUU